GCGGCCAAAUUUUUCACACCCAAAACGCCAAACCAACUUCAUCUGUUUUUUCUCCCUUGAUCAUCAUCUUCUCUGAUCUCUCUCCUCCUCCGGCGAGAGAAACUACGCUUGCUGGUUGAAGGAGGAGAAUUAAGGAGGUGAUUGUCAUCAAACGGACGUCGGAUCAUGGGUCGGAAAAGGGGUUCGGCGGUCAACAAGCUGUUCAUAUGGGUUCGUAAACAGUCGAUGAAGGUGAAGAUCUUUUUGGCCGUUGCAUCUGUAUUGUCUUGCCUUAUUGCACUUAGACUUCUUGCCAAAGACACCACUCAGUUUUUCGUUGCAUCCGAAUUUGUUCAUGCUGCCGGUAUCAUCCUUCUCAUUUACAAGCUAACCAAACAAAAAACAUGCUCUGGUCUUUCAUUGCAGACACAAGAACUCACGGCAAUCUUUCUAGCUGUAAGAUUGUGUUGCAGCUUAACGAUGGAAAAUGACAUCCAUACGUUUCUUGAUUUCGCGACAUUGGCCUCGACUCUUUGGGUCGUUUACAUGAUCCGAUGCAAGCUUCAGGCAACCUACAAUGAAGAUCUAGACGAUAUUCAAAAAUAUUAUUUGGUGGUGCCAUGUGUGAUUCUUGCUAUGUUUAUCUACCCACAUACGCACCAUUGUUAUUUGAGCAAGGUGAUGUGGGCAUUCUGUGUAUAUUUAGAAGCAAUUGCAGUGCUUCCUCAGCUAACUAUGAUGCAGAAAACAAAGAUGAUUGAACCAUCUACGGCACGUUAUGUGUUUGCGCUUGGAGUUGCAAGAUUUUUGGGAUGUGCUCACUGGAUAAUUCAGGUGUAUGAGUCAGCUGGUGCAUAUUUGUUCCUGUUGGGAACUGGCUACUACCUUUGGCUACCAGCAGUCUUGCUAGCAGAAGUGGUUCAAUCGUUCAUUUUAGCCGACUUUUGUUAUUACUAUGUUAAAAGUUUGGUGAACGGACAACUUCUAGUGAGCCUGCCACCCGUCUAGAAGAAGGUUGGCAUGAACAUAUUGAGGUCUAGGUUUCAUGGGUUAGCAAUGUGCAUACAGUUUACAAGUUUUUGAUUGGUGCUGCUAAACUAAGUAUUCCUGAAAUAUGUUAAUCGACGUAGGGAAAUCUAUCCUGUAAUCUUGUUUUU